AUGGCCGCAAACAAUGAGUUCUCAUUGAUUCCUCGAGAUAAUGAGAGUACCAAGGACACAAGCCCAAGUCGACCAGAAAGUCAAACCGGCUUCGAAACGAGGCACCUAGACACAACAAAGCCAAGCGAUGCCCAAGCGGCACGAAAAGACAGCCAUGUUUCGAUUCCAGACCAUCUGGUGUCCUCAUCAUCGUGCACAGCUGGGCUGAAUGCGAUGCGACAGCAGUCUCAUAGGCGUCCGACGGAUGAGCUAAAAGAGGCCAUUGAAUCCAAGGGCGAAGCGAUGAGGAAGAAAGCCCUGGAGAUUGCUGCUGGGUCAGAGCCUGAAAGCAGUAUGAGGAGUGGGAAGAGCGUUGAGAGCCUGCCGUGGAUUACUCCUUCUUUCUCGCCUGUUGGUGCGGCUUCCGUUUCUGAUGGGAGGGCAGUCGUUGGUAGUGACGACGCUCUGUCUACAGCACCCCUGAGCGAUACUGCAGGACUGAAGGGGUAUGCUGAUCGGGAGAAGAAAGCAGAGGCCAACGUUUUUACGAUGUUGCGGGGAAGAAAGAUUCCCGAAUCCUCUCCAAGUUCAACGGAUGACGAGCCAGCGACUACAGUCGCGAUCCAUGGAGACGAAGGUCUGGUAUACCCCGACCAAAGCACGAUUACACGGAAAUGGCCCAAACCUCCCAAACGAGCGGUAAUUAGGGAUGCGAACGGCUCCGCUUUCCACGAGCACAUGAACGUCGAGCACCCGUUCGUGGUCCCAUCCGACGCUGCAGCACAUAUGGCAGAACCCAGACAGAGACAGGAGGUUACAAAACCUGGCCCCGAGUAUGCACUAGUAGCCAGUAUGCCAAACUCUCCCGUGUCGGAGGAUGCAAGAGAACGAGAACCCCCAUUCGGCUUACGGUGGGUGACGAGCAAGGUGGGCUCUUGUAUGCUGCAAGGCCUGUUCUGUUCCUCCGUGGGUCAUGGCGGACGUAUACUGGGCGGCCUAAGUUCCACGUCUGUCGUGCGCUGUGUGUGGCUCGACGUGCGGUGCGGUAGAUGGAGAAGGUAUUCUGGGGUGGGCCGCAAGGAGAUGGUCACUGAUCGAGGAGAGCGCGAGACACUUACUGGCAGAUACCAGACUGCGGCGAAUAUGAGCGGAGCAGUCAGAUGCAAGCUUGAGUACCUCCGGGAAGGGUACGGAGCAAGUGCACCUUCGGGCUUGAUUGCACCAAGAGCAUGCCAGUAUAUCACAUCUUGCUCUGUCACCUCCUGUACCUCCACAUAGCCAGGCUUUAUCACGGGCAGCCACAUUGUCAGGCAGGCUUUCCGAUAAGCAGCAGCUCAAUCUCGC